AUGAAACCGGGAAUCAUACCGUAUCAGGAUGGUGAUAUUGUUACUAAUGGACAAGAGAGUGGGCUUUCACCCCGUCCCGCUUUUCCCCAGUAUCAAUUGACCCAUGGAAGUUUUUACAAACCUCACGAUAUACCGUUAAACAAGAGGCAUUUUAUAUACAGCCCUUGUGCACCACGUCUAGAUUUUACAGAAAUGGGGUACUGUUUAACAGAGUAUCCUUUUGAACGCGCUGGUUUUAGUUUGAUGGACCGAUCCGCAGGAAUCAGCUUAAAGGAUAAAGACAACUCAAUUAUCGGCGUGGAAAAAUCAGUAGGAUGGAGAACUGGUAGAUCUGAUGUUUGUAUCAAGGAGGGAAUCAGUUAUUGGGAAGUGGAGAUAAUUAAAGGUGGCUCAAUAAUGGGGACUGAUAAUGAUCCAAGAAGAAAAAAAGAUAUGAUAGAUUCGAGUCCACACCUUCGGUUUGGAAUAUCCCGAAGAGAAGCCAGUCUGGAGGCACCCGUCGGCUUCGAUUCUUACAGCUACGGAAUCAGAGACCAAUACUUGGAGUCAAUUUCAGAAGGAAAGUUAUCUCAAGUCUUAGAAAAAAGAGAAGGUAUGCAAGCAGGGGAUAUUAUAAGUUUUGUUUUGAAACUACCUGAUUAUGAUGCACAAGUAGAACAAGCUCAGGAGUACGCUCUGAGGCGCAAAGAAGCAUUAAAGAACGCCAUUGAUUCAUCAGGUAAGACCAUGCGUACAGAUGAUAACGCGGGGGCUGGUACAAUAAAGAAAAAAAGCAAAACGGUCAAACAGGCAACCAAUGAGGAUUUUCAGCUGGCAUUAUUAGAAGAUAUAACUUACAAUGAUAUAAUCCGUGAUCAUAUCCCUAUCAGGUAUAGGAAUCAGCUCUUUUUUGAAGCUACGGAUUACAUCAAGACUACCAAACCUGAAUAUUACUCCUCAGAUAAAAGAGAAAGACAGGAUUAUUAUACUCUAAAAGACUCUUAUCUUGCCGUUUAUUUGAAUGGCGAGUUUCUAGGCAAGGCCUUCGAAAAUCUAAAUCCGUUUUUACCACCCUUCAGCGAACUGCAAUAUAAUGAGAAAUUUUACUACGGCUACUGGAAAAAUUAUAACGGUCAACAUGUCAAUGGGUUAAUCAACCCUUAUAAGAAUGUGGAUUCUGAGUCAGAACAAAGAUUGAUAUUAAGGAAUAAAUAUGUCAAUAAUAAUAGACUAGGAUACUACCCAACAAUAAGUUGUUUUAACGACGGGGAGGUUAAAAUUAUAACAGAACAAAGGCAGAUGAAGUAUCUGGAUACAGUAAAGUCUUCUGAACUGUUAGCGGAUAAACAAAUUAAAACGUUGGAUGUUUUAUACAAGGAGCAGAUUGCGGACGAUAUCGUCUGGGAUAUUAUCGACGAAGUUGAAGAGGAAGGUAAAAAAUUGACAAACACAAAUCCUCCCAUCGCUGCGCCAAUCGACACGGUACUUGUGCCUGAAGGAUCAGGACCAUAA